GUGAGCGCCUUUUAAAGGGACUAGUUGCGAACAGUUCAGGAAGUGACAAGUCUAUUUCCUCCCCGUUCGCAGAUCGCUACAAAGCGCAGCGCUGCUCUCCGCUCCCGCCGCCCCGCGCCCGCCGCCGCCAACUUCCCGAGGGGAUCCGCGCCGCCGCCGCGGGAGCUCGCCCGAGCCAGAGGCACUGAGCACGCCGGCCCAGGCCACCCCAAGGGUCAGCUGCCGAUGGAGAGCUGCUCGGGCUGACCCCGCUCUCCCGGAAGAUGCCCUGGCGCUAGAAGGCCGCCCGCCCUGGGAUGGCUCCCGGUGCCUGACUCCUCUGCCAUGGCGAUGAUCCUGACCCGGCCCCUCGAAAACCAAGGCGCUGCCGACUCCAUAACAUGCAAGACUCUGCACCCUGAGCUGCACAGUCCGAGGAAGAUGAGUCAAGGACCCACGCUGUUCUCCUGCGGCAUGAUGGAGAGCGGCCGGUGGAGAGACCUGGACGGGAAGUGCCCCCUGCAGCUGGAGCAGCCGGGCGCCAGCCUCUGGGACUGCCUGCCCGAGCAGGCCCCCGCCGCCUGCGCCGUCACCAACCUCAUCAAGGACCUGAGCCUCAGCGACCGCGGCGGCCCCCCCGCGGCCCCGCCCAGCAAGCGCCAGUGCCGCUCCCUGUCCCUGUCGGACGAGAUGCCCGGCUUCCGCCCGGCCUGGCGGCCGCUGGGCUCCAAGGUCUGGACCCCCGUGGAGAAGAGGCGCUGCUACAGCGGCGGGAGCGUGCAGCGCUUCUCGGGCGGCUCCUGCCCCAUGCAGCGGAGCUCCAGCUUCAGCCUCCCCUCCCGCGCCAACGCGCUCCCGCCCUCCCUCCCCGACCCGGCCGGCGCCCAGGGCGGGCCCGCGGGGGCCCGAGAGCCCGGGGCCGGCGACGGGCGCAGGACGGACUUCCAGCGCUCGCUCUCGUGCUCGCACGAGCGCUUCUCCUUCUCCGAGUACGGCCCGCCCUCCGCCAGCAGCACGCCCGCCUCCACCCCGGAGCCCGCCCGGCGCUGCAGCGGCCUGUCCCGGAGCCGCUCCCAGCCCUGCGUGCUCAACGACAAGAAAGUGGGCGUGAAGCGCCGGCGGCCCGAGGACCCGCAGGAGCCCCGGCCCUCGCUCGACCUCGCCAAGAUGACUCAGAACUGUCAGACCUUCAACAGCCUCAGCUGCCUUAGCACGGGGGGUGACUGCGGUCAGCAGGGCCCCUUUGCUGCCGCCGCGAACAACCCCAAGUCCUGGACGGCGCUGCUCUCGGCCUCCCCCAGCAGGGAAGGCGGGGAGCCCGCGGGGACCCCCGGCCCGGAGCCCCCUCCCGCCUCCGAACGCACGCUCAGUAAGGAAGACCUGUCCUUCGAGGAGCCGGACUGCGGCCUCCCCGACGAGGAGGGCGGCCGGCGGGAGCAGGGGCGGAACUCGGCCUGGCGCAGCACCGGGGCCGACGGAGCCGGCAUCUUUCCCCUGGACGGAGAACUGGACAUUGAACAAAUCGAAAACAACUAGGGGAGUCCG